AUGAAUUCCCGCAACCAAGUCCUGGUGGCUCUUGCCACUGUCAGCAUCACCUCAGUGAACGCCGCCAUGGGUCCAGCGCUGAGUACUGGCCCGGUUGCUUCCAACUCGUUCAUCCGCGAAGCCACUUCGACUCUUAUCCUGCCAAAUGUACCCAGCGGGGGAUCAUCGGAUGCCAUCACCUCCCUGUGGGUCGGUAUGGGCACCUCGAAUGGUGACUUGAUCCAGUCCAUUGCCGACAACUGGCAACAGAGCGACUGGACCAUGUAUGCCUACACGCUCAUGAAGACUAGCGAAACCUCACAGAUGCCCCUGUAUGGCGAUGGCCAGGCGAACGGCGGCAAGGGGGAUAAGGUAACGAUGCACUAUAAGUUCGACGAUGCGAGUGGAAAUUAUACCCAGACUCUACAGGUGAAUGGGAAAACUGUCUCGACCCUGUCCACCAGUGAUGGCCUCGCACAGGGCUGGGGUAGCUCAGUGGAGUGUGCAGAGAACAACUGUGGCACUGUUGGCGCCCACUCCUGGACCGAUACCAAGAUCAUUCUUGAUGUUGCUGAUCCCAAUUAUAUCAACACUCUUUCCAAGGGAGAGGGCGUCACCGGCGGCGACAUGACCACCAGCGACGGCGGCAAGUCCUGGACCAUUACCACCUUUGGCAUUCCAGAAUACACCUUCUCUGACUAGAAAGACAAUUUGUGAAUGCGUCGUGAGCUUCUGCCUCGUUAUUCAUUUCUCUCGAGUAGCAAUAGUAUUAAGAUCAAUAGCAGUUUAGCAUUCAUCCUUACUCAGCUGAUCGCAGUACAUGUCACCGAAGUUUAAUUUCCAUCAGAUGCCUUGCCAAGGGCAUCAUAACAGCAAUACUUGUAGGCUGGACAGGAUGUGCUACAUCAUUGUCCUCAGUAAAGGCACACGUUGUGAAGAGCAAUUUGAUCUGCAACUAUGUACGAUUCGGACCAAGGCGUCCAUAUGCUGGACACAUCGGAGGAUGAGGGUGAUAGAUACCCAUUCUUAUGUCACUCGAAGAGCCACAUAAUGCCCACAUCAAGAAGAGCUCUGGACACAGCUGGUGGAGCUAAGAUCUAGGGGAGCUAGAUAUACGAGAAUCAAUACACCAACUACCCAAUAGGCUAAUCCGAAGCAUGAGCGCAUCCACUCCGCUCAGGCAGAGGCUACCGAAUCUACAUUGCUUUCCAUUCGGGGCAUCAUGGUCCUACUAGGA